ACAAAACAAAAUGGUAAAACCACUCUCCUUCAAAGGCGACAAAAAGACCAAAAAGCGAAAACACCGCGACGACGAUUCCAGACCACCAACCACCUCCACGGACCUAGUCACCCAACAACAACAACCAGACGAACAGUCAUCAACAACACAAGAAGACCAAACCUGGGUCUCAGCCGAUGUACCAACUGACAUAAACGGUCCUGUAAUAAUCGUCCUCCCAUCCACCCCGAUCCCGACAUGUAUUGCCUGCGACGCGAACGGGGCCGUGUUUGCGAGCGAGUUGGAGAACACAAUUGAUAAUGAUCCGCGGACCGCAGAGCCGCAUGAUGUGCGACAGGUAUGGGUUGCGACGAGGGUUGCUGGGACGGAGGGUGUUAGUUUCAAGGGUCAUCACGGGCGAUAUCUGAGCUGUGAUAAAUACGGUAUUCUGAGCGCAACGGCAACGGCAAUAUCGCCUUUUGAAAUGUUUGUCGCUAUGCAGGCGCCAGAUACGCCUGGAAUGAUGGCAUUGCAGACGCGAGGCGGAGAGGGGGAAUCGGAUACAUUCAUAACCAUUUCCGAGAAACCUUCGACCACCGCCAAGAAAAAUAAUGAUAACGAUGGCGAUCAAAAGAAUAGACAGAUUGAUAUCCGCGGCGACGCAAGUACAAUUACGUUUUCAUCUUCGCUUCGGAUCCGAAUGCAGGCUCGUUUUAAACCGAAACUCAAGGCUUCAAGGGAGAGUAAGGCGAAGGAAAAGAUUUCUCGAAAGGAGUUGGAAGCUACAGUGGGAAGAAGGUUGGAGGAUCAUGAAGUCAAGAGGUUGAAAAAGGCGAGGAAGGAAGGGAAUUACUAUGAGGAGGUGUUGGAUGUUAGGGUUAAGGGGAAACAUGAUAAGUUUGCAUCGUGAUCCAGUGACUGCAAUUGAUUCGGGAGUAUGUGGAGGCGUUGGGCUCGAAUAUAGGUAUAUGGAUAUCUGGUAUAAUGAUAAUGGUAGAUGACUGAUCAUGAACAAAUGCUAUAGCUCAACCUCCUCUUCCGCAUGAUUUUCGCCCGCUGAUACAAGAGAAAGCUCAUUCCACGUCCCUUUCAGAGCUGCUCGGUAUGCACGAACACGGUUCUGAUAUGCUUCACUGCCUGCUUCUUGAGAAUCGCCCAAUAGAUCGGAUAUGGUUUGCUGGCUCUCUCUUUUGGCCUCUGUUGUCGUAAGUUCGGAGUCGGUUUGUGAUUCAUCAUUUGUGUGAAUAAUGGAGCCAACGGUGACUUCAUCAUCCUCACGAGUAAACUUUUCGCUACUGGAAUGGGUCGUCGUUUGAUAAGAACUUUGAGAUUCUUCUCCUAGGACCUCGUUGGCAUCUCGUGGCAUAGGGCCAAUGUCAAAUUGAACUUUGUCUCCCAUUGCCUGCAACUGGAGCCUGGCCUCACGCAUUAUUGUAUAACGAGCUCUUUUACUUUCAUGCGCUAGUAUAUCUUCUCCUCGGGCCCCGCGCAUAUGUCGGUCGUGGACGAAUUUCUUCCGCGAGCACAAAUGCCCAAAUAAUCCUUCUAUGGAAACUGAUUCAUUCCAAUUCUUUCCGUCAACCGUACAAGGAAACACAUCCUUGGGCUUGAAAGCUUGUACAAGCUCACAGAGUUCCGCAUAAGAAGAGUGACGAGAAUAUGGAAAUGUCUAUUCUCGUUAGCAUACGCAAACCCAAAACUCUUCAUGGUAUAACAUACAAUGGUGGUUAUGUCUGGAUACUUUUCCUCAAACGAUCUAGAUUUGCCCGUACCCCUUGUAGUGCUGAGCAUAGAGG